GCAUUAGCUUUUGGUAGGUCGCUCAAUCGAGUUCCUAGAUCCUUUUGUGGCGCUGUAGAUUUAGGAGGCGCUUUUUCAAGGUUUUGUUCAAAUCAAAGAACUGAAAGAAGUUCAAUGGUUGUUGUUCUUUCGAGGAUUGUUUCUAUUUAUUACGUAGUUUCACUGCCUAUGGUGGCUCUUGCAGUCUUGGCAUUCACCGAAGCACAUGCAGGUCAUGCGCACCCUGGGGAAGCGUUCGACAUGGACGUUUGAUCGUCGCAAACCGCCAAGUUCUGUCGGUUUUGGAUCAUGUCGGGGCAAUCAGCCAACUAUGGCUGCCGCUGUCGCAUAAUGAAACAGCUCUUUCUUAUAACAGCCCUCGUAGUUUCGUUGGUCUUCGCAGGCUCUGCAUCAGCUCAGGAACUACUGCCCGCCAACAGCAGGGACUGCUCGGUCGAACAGGCGUGCCAAAACCAUGUUGACUCGUCGCUGGCCCAGCUCAAGUCUAUCCUGUCGCUGAGCAGUGUACGGGAUGUGUCGGCAUGCAUGGACACUCUGGGAAGCCGAGAGCGGGCGAAGAGCCUGUCGGAAAAUGCGUGUGUUGAGCUGGUGGGCAGCACGGUCAAGGAGACCACGCAGAGUUGGCUGGCCAGCACGACGCUGUGCGUGAACGCCACCCAAGCAGCUACAAACUCAUGCAGUGAAGCAGCAGUGUCUGCAGUCCUGACCUCCAUCCAGCAUGGACUGGUUCCAGUCGCUCGCCCAGCCUGCCAAAUAUUGCUCGCCCAGGGCGCGAGUGCCCUGUCGCAACUGCCCGUGCUUAUUCGUCUCGUGGCCAGGGACAUUCUGUCGGAGUUCUCGCAGGAACUGGCACACGGGAACAAUGCAUUCAGCUCUGAUGAAGCGCAGCAACUGGAGAAGGAUAUAAAUCUGCGGUUAGCACUUGCUGCCGUGCCGCUGCUCGGCGCACAGGCGAAAGAGCAGAGUGACUUCGUGGCCGGUUUCAGCGAGCUGCUUGCGAACAUCACCGUCACCCUCGCUCAGCACGCACUGCCCAACAGCAAGAGGUUCGCCAACCAGACAUUGUUCUUGGUGUGUAGCUCGCUUUUCCCGACAUGCUCGUGCAGCGGCAGUGGCGGCAACAACACUGGCAAUGGAAGCAGCACGACGGAAAACGACACCACGACGGCAAUCGUGAUCCUGCGCCCGUGUCACUGGUCGUGCGUUUCGAACACUGAGCUGCUGAGAGCCGUGCCAAGCUUCGUCCAGGACACCAGCAAGCUGCGCUCGUCAGCCAUCUUCAGACUCAUCCAGCACGUAACCCGGUGUGCCGACGUCGACGAAACCCAGUGCUUGGAUCUGAAUUGCGGGGACGCUUCUGCGGCUGCCGAUAGUCCACCCGUUUCCAUGCCGUCAGCUAUACAGUAUCUGUGUGACAUGGAAAACGAUUCGGAAGUUUAUCUAGCCGCACAGGAGCAGUCGCAGCAAGUGUGCAUCGUGUCUGGGCAGCGUUGCACGUACCCACUUCAGAGCACGACGGUUCCCGGUCACUACGUUCCGGAGGUGCGCGCACAGACCGAGGUGCUCCGUGCCCUGCUCGGCUCCGUUUUCCCUGGACAGAAGACGUCGCGGAACGAAUCGGUUCUGCCGUGCGCGGCCGCGUGCACGGGUCUGGUGUACGAUCGGCGCAAGGAGAGUUUCAUGCGUACGUUGACGGUGACGGCCGCGGCCGUGACGCUCGCCGUGGAGAUCUUCACGAUCGCGUCGUUCUUCCUGAACCGUCAGAGGUGGAAUCGCUGCCCGACACGUCUGAUGCUGAACAUCAGCAUAUGCUACGUAUUCAGCUGUGGUGCCGUGCUGGCUCAGGCGUCCGUCGGAUGGGAUAGGAUAGCGUGCCACGAGGACGGCUCGCUGAUCUCCGACAUGCCGAAGAGUUUUGAGCGGGGGUCCUGGCGCUGCCUGCUGACGGCAGUGGUGCUCUUCUACAGCCUGAUGGCUGCCCUGUUGUGGUGGCUGUGCCUGUGCCACGGCUGGCUGUGCACGUUCCAGCUGCUCAAUCAGCCGAACAAGGCGCCCACGUUCACCAGCAAGUUCUCCCGGCGCGAGAUCAUCUACCACAUGAUCUGCUGGGGAGGGUCGUUCCUGAUGAUGCUCGGCUUCAUCAGCAACCAGAAGAUCGGCGGGGUGCCGAUGUACGGCGUAUGCAUCACGUCAAACCCGGACGUCUGGUUCUACUUCCUGAUACUACCCAUCAUAAUUGUCGGUCCCGUCGGCUGCCCAAUGCUGACGUCCGGAUUACUGGCAGUGCGGAAGAUGCGCAGCAAGAUGAAGGUGAUGGACAACUGCUGGAACGGCGGCAGCAAGCGGGAGAAGAAUGCCGAGAACCUGCGCCAGUAUCAGACCAAGGUGGGCCUGGUGUUGCUAGUGAGCUUUGUUCACUUGGUGGUGCAGGCCACCGUCGGCGUGUGCGAGUACGCCAUGGCGCAGUCCGGCAAGGCCAUUGUCAUGGAGUACAUCUCGUGCAUGCUGCUGGCCUGCGACGCGCAGCGACACCUGUGCCCGUCGCGGCCCGAGUUCUCCGCCAUGCCCUACUCGGUGCUGUGCCUGGGCAUCUUCAGCGAGGGCAUCGUGCUGUGCAGCUGGACGGCCACGGCGCACAACUGGCAGGCCUGGGUAGAGCUGGUGCGCAGUCCCCUGCACACGCUGCGCAAGGGCGCGACCACCUGGCGCAGGCCGUCCGUCGUAGCGGCCACCUGGUCAGUUCCUAGCCGGCCAUCCGAAGCAAACGGUGCCGGUUGGGAAGUUAACGAGGCCGCGGCGGCACUGCGUAAAGCGCGCAAAUGUUCGCCAAUGGACGCGGCGACGCGGACCCAAUCCAAUAUCACCACCACCACCAUGACACUCAUGCAUCUGUCGGGGGCCUUCACCGGCUCGCUCAACGAGGCCGAUGUGGAGAGCGACGUCAUCAGCGAUGUCGCCAGUGGGUGCACGGUCAGUCCCAGCUGUGCUCAUUUCGCGGGCUCACAGCGCUCUGCAGACACAGUGUUAACUUAAUGACGAACAGGAGUGCUGAUGACCUGCCGCAGCUCAAAUCUUGAACGAUGCUAAACGCAAUGCGUGCAACUUAUACUGCAGCCAGAGAAUUCCGUUUCUAGGCACGUCUUCUGGAACAAAAAUGGACACUCAAUGCCCUUACACUAACGUGAAACGGAAAGUCGUUUUAUAGUUGUAGCAUUUCGAGCAUGCUACAAAUACUACAAAAGCCUACAAUGUAACAAUGCUGGUGAGACCUCAUGAGCAUGCUGCCGGAGGGCCUAGCACUGUCAGUACUAUGGUGUGUGUUGAGCGAGGCUGCGCUGAGGUCGGAUAUCCGGCCUCCGCUGUGGCCAAAUCACCGUCACACAGCACGAUAUCGCUGGUGCAACGGCAAACGAGAAACACAGCAGAACAAUCCACUGCCAUAAUUAUAGCAUGGCUGUUGGUGAUUGUGUUUACUAUACGUAGCUAGCUUCAUCUCCUAGUACUGGAUGCAAUCACAUUUCUGCAUGUACGUGUACAUGUACAUGUAGCAAAAGUAGAAAGGACGAAUUGUGCUGUCCAGAGCCAAUGCAAACUACCGUGCAAAUGCUUAGCUGCACAAUAUUUAAAUUUAAACGUGCAAUCAUGUAUGUUACACUCCGUCUGCUGAGUCUCAUACGAACAUUGAAUUAUUU